AUGAUAUUUGAAAUUAUUGUGGAAAUUUUCUUCUUAAUUCUAUUUAUAGGAUUCAUUGUCUGUUUAAUAAUAACUACUGUAUAUUCAAGUCAGCAUGAUGGAGAUAUGAGAUUGUAUUGGGUCAUAUUUGUUCUUUCAAUUAUAUCUGGUCUUAUUCCAUCAACUAGAGCAUUAAGCAAAAAACUAGAUGAUAAUGAAGAUAAUAAUGAAGAUGAUAAUAAAGAUAUUACAAUUACAUACAGUGACACAGAAACAGAAAGUAAUGAAGAAACAGAGAGUAAUGAAGAAACAGAUGAUACUGACAAAAUAAUAAAACAAUCAUUUGGAUUUAAUUUUAGAUUUUCAAUUAUUUUAUGGGUUAUCAUAGCUGGAUUAACUAUUGUGUUGAUAAUAUUUAUAAUAUGGGUACUAUACAUACCAAGUAAGAGUAACACAAAAAAUAAAACAACAACUUCGUUUAAUGAAGAAGAUGAAUAUAUUUCAUUCAGAGCAAGAAUGAAUGAAAUAAUUGAAGGGAAAUCAUAUGAUGAUCAAUUCGAUGAAUUAAAAUAUUAUCAACAAAUAUUAGAUCCUUCAAAUGAUGUUGUUGAACAUUCACAUUUAUGUGAAAGUGAUUCAUAUGGUAUUACACCAUUUGAUUAUUCAUGUUUAAGUAGUUUAACAUAUGCUAAAAAUACUUUAAGUCUAAAUAGUAAUAAAUAUAAAGACAUAACAAACUAUCUAUGUAAUAAAGGAUGGAAAAGUAUUACAAUUAAUGACAAUGGAUUAUUACAUUAUUUAGUAGGAUAUAAUGAUAUAUUAAAUGUCAACGUAAUUGGAUUCAGAGGAACAGGUUCAAAUUCAGAUGGAAUUUAUGAUCUCAAAUUAUUUACUGAAUCAUCUAUUCCAACAAUCUCAGUUUCAGUAUUCCCAGUGUUUACAAAACAAGUUCUUUCAAAAAUAAGUUAUAUUCUUUCACUCUUUGGAUCAAAAGCAUUUCCAAGUACUGCUUAUGAUUUAGUUCGUAUUGCAAAAGAUGUAGUACUUGAUGAAACCAAGAAAAAACCACAACAACAAUUUGUUCUUAUUGGACAUUCUCUUGGUGGAGGAAUUGCAAAUAUUGUAGGGAAUGAGUUAGGAGUAGUGAGUUUUGGAAUAUCACCUCCUGGUACUUAUUUAGGAUCAAAAGGUCUUAAUUUCAAGAAAAAGAAUAGUAAUUUAUUAACACGUGCUGUAAUCCCUGAAAGAGAUCCUGUUGCUGCUUUAGGUAUUAAUGGUGGGUUACAAAUGUCAAUUCCUUGUUAUGAACACUCACGGGAUUGUCAUGGAAUUAAUAAUUCAAUAUGUAUGAUUGGAAUAUUAUGCAAACACUCUGAACAAGAAAUAAUUGAUAUGUGUUCUCGCAAAUGGGAUGAUUGGAAAUUCAAUUACCCUAAUAAAAAUAAAUGA